GGUGAGCGAGUCUGCGCAAGCUUGCCAGACGGCAGGACUGGGGUUUGUGCGGGUGUGUGUGAACAGGCAAGUGCGGCUGCCACUCCACCCACCUCCUCAAAGGGAAAGAAUGGAAUCUUUCGCAUUGGCUACUGUGCUCUUUCCCCUUCGAAUCUCAGAUAUAUAUCCUCUCUCUCUCUCUCUCUCUCUCUCUCUCUCUCUCUCUCUCUCUCUCUCUCUCUCUCUCUCUCUCUCUCUCUCUCUCUCUCUCCUCUCUUUCUGUCUCUCUUCCCUCCCGCUGGAAACUCCUUACAUGAAGCUGCCUCAUUCACACUAGGGAAGUGCCCCAGGGAGGGAAAGGCUGCAUGGAUGGGCUAAUUUAAUUCUUAGUUGGGUAUUACUGAGGCUGGACCUGGCUUAGAGUGGAGUCCCAAUUCUAGUUCAACUGUCUUUACUGUCUUUGCCGGGCCUGAUUCUCCUUGGGGUUGUUUGCAUAACUUUGUUGGAGGAUGGUUUUGAGGUCUUGGGCAAGAGCUGGUCUUGGAGAGCCUCAGUUUCCUUUAUAGUGAAUCCUAGCUGUUAUAAAAUGUGGUCUAAUGAUGAGUGGGAGAAGGCUGAGUAAUUGGUCAAACAGGCAAGCUGAAUGCUGAUGGAGCUUCCCUAUCUGCAGCAUCUGGAGGGAGGUGGCACUCAGUUCCAACGCUAGCCCCCACCCCAGGGAGUUAUGGAACCUGCUGAGACCAGUUGGCUGACAGAGAUGUGAAUCUGUUGAGAGGGGUGAUUCCAUAGCACACAGCCUGCCCUUGUGUGUGCAUGUGUUUUGUUGAUGGAGACAGGCUUAAGGUAAAAGGAUAGCCUGUCAGUGGACAUAGAAGGGCUGCCUUUUUUUGUUGUUGUUUGUUUGCUUGCUUUGUUCCUCAUCUGGAGUGAGUCAUUACCACUUGUCCUGGUGAAGCGGCAAAUCUGGGCUUCCUGUGGUUCCAAAAGUCUGUGACUGGAAAUCCACAAGUGAGCUGGUGGUUGAAGCCCAGCCCAAGAAUUCCAGAAGGGCUUGUGGAUCUCGUCCACGGGGAAGCAGGAGACAGUUAGUAAAUAAACUUCACGUGUCUUCAGUGCUUAUUUUCAAAAGAGGCAGUCAUUGAACUUGGUUUUAAAGCAAAAUUUUGGACUGUGAAGCAAGGCAUUGGGCAAACACAACAUGGCCUCACCGGCUGACAGCUGUAUCCAGUUCACCCGCCAUGCUAGUGAUGUUCUUCUCAACCUUAACCGCCUCCGAAGUCGGGACAUCUUGACCGACGUUGUCAUCGUGGUGAGCCGUGAGCAGUUUAGAGCCCAUAAGACAGUGCUCAUGGCCUGCAGUGGCCUGUUCUACAGCAUCUUCACUGACCAGUUGAAAUGCAACCUUAGUGUAAUCAAUCUGGAUCCUGAGAUCAGCCCUGAGGGGUUUUGCAUCCUCUUGGACUUCAUGUACACAUCUAGGCUCAACCUGAGGGAAGGCAACAUCAUGGCCGUGAUGGCCACAGCCAUGUACCUGCAGAUGGAGCAUGUUGUCGACACAUGCCGGAAGUUCAUCAAGGCCAGUGAAGCAGAAAUGGCCCCUGCACUUAAGCCUCCCCGUGAAGAGUUCCUGAACAGCCGGAUGCUGAUGCCCCAUGACGUCAUGGCCUAUCGAGGUCGUGAGGUUGUGGAGAACAAUAUGCCACUAAGAAAUACUCCCGGGUGUGAGAGUAGAGCUUUUGCCCCUCCCCUGUACAGUGGCCUGUCGACACCACCAGCCUCUUAUCCGAUGUAUAGCCAUCUCCCGCUCAGCAGUUUCCUCUUCUCCGACGAGGAACUACGAGAUGCCCCCCGAAUGCCUGUGGCUAACCCUUUUCCCAAGGAGCGCGCCCUCCCCUGUGACAGUGCCAGGCCAGUCCCUAAUGAGUAUAGCAGGCCAACCAUGGAGGUGUCCCCCAGCUUGUGCCACAGCAAUAUCUACUCGCCCAAGGAGGCAGUCCCAGAGGAGGCUCGGAGUGACAUACACUACAGUGUGACUGAGGGCCCCAAGCCUGCUGCCCCUUCUGCUCGGCAUGCCUCGUACUUCCCCUGUGACAAAGCCAGCAAAGAAGAAGAGAGACCCUCUUCAGAGGACGAGAUCGCCCUGCAUUUCGAGCCCCCCAAUGCACCCUUGAACCGGAAGGGUCUGGUUAGUCCCCAGAGUCCGCAGAAAUCCGACUGCCAGCCCAACUCACCCACAGAGUCCUCCAGCAGCAAGAACGCCUGCAUCCUUCAGGCCUCUGGCUCUCCUCCAGCCAAGAGCCCCACUGAUCCGAAAGCCUGCAACUGGAAGAAGUAUAAGUUCAUCGUUCUCAACAGCCUCAAUCAGAAUGCCAAGCCAGAGGGCUCUGAGCAGGCAGAGCUGGGCCGCCUCUCCCCACGAGCCUACCCUGCACCGCCGGCCUGCCAGCCGCCUAUGGAGCCUGCGAACCUUGAUCUCCAGUCUCCAACCAAGCUCAGUGCCAGUGGGGAGGACUCUACCAUCCCCCAAGCCAGCCGGCUCAAUAACAUCGUUAACAGGUCCCUGGCAGGCUCCCCCCGAAGCAGCAGCGAGAGCCACUCGCCACUCUACAUGCACCCCCCGAAGUGCACAUCCUGCGGCUCUCAGUCCCCACAGCAUACAGAGAUGUGUCUCCAUACUGCCGGGCCCACAUUCCCGGAGGAGAUGGGAGAGACCCAGUCAGAGUAUUCGGAUUCUAGCUGUGAGAAUGGGGCCUUCUUCUGCAAUGAAUGUGACUGCCGUUUUUCUGAGGAGGCCUCACUCAAGAGGCACACGCUGCAGACGCACAGUGACAAACCAUACAAAUGUGACCGCUGCCAGGCCUCCUUCCGCUACAAAGGCAACCUCGCCAGCCACAAGACGGUCCACACAGGUGAAAAACCCUACCGCUGUAACAUUUGUGGAGCGCAGUUCAAUCGGCCAGCCAACCUGAAGACCCACACUCGAAUUCACUCUGGAGAAAAGCCCUACAAAUGUGAAACCUGUGGGGCCAGAUUUGUGCAGGUGGCUCACCUCCGUGCCCACGUGCUCAUCCACACUGGAGAGAAGCCGUACCCCUGUGAAAUCUGUGGUACCCGCUUCAGGCACCUUCAGACUCUAAAGAGCCAUCUGCGCAUCCACACAGGAGAGAAACCGUACCAUUGUGAGAAGUGUAACCUGCACUUUCGUCACAAAAGCCAACUGCGACUUCAUUUGCGUCAGAAACAUGGCGCCAUCACCAACACCAAGGUGCAAUACCGUGUGUCGGCCGCUGAUUUGCCUCCGGAGCUCCCCAAAGCCUGCUGAAGCAUGGAGUGUUGACUCUUUUUCUCUCCAGCCCCUUCUCAGAAUCUACCCAAAGGAUGCUGUAACACUUUACAAAGGUCAUCCCAUGACGUAGUGCCUCUCUCAUCCACUAGAGCAAAUCAUAGUUGGGGUGGGGGUGGGGGUGGGGGUGGGGUUUGCGGGACCGGGAGCCAAGGCAGCUCUCCUUCCCACACUGCCAUAAAACAUUAAGAAAAUACUAUCGCUUCUUCUCCUAUGUGUAAGGCAAACCACGUCAGCAAAAAUGCAAAAUCAUUUUCAAUAUCAAAAUAGGGGAGAACGCAGAAGUUCUGACUUGACAGGUUGCAACAUGAGGAAUGUAAAUGUUCUGUGGGGACAGAGAUCUCUUUUGUAUGUAAAUGUGCAUUGUUUUAAAAGACAAGACUUCAGUAUGUUGUCAAAGAGAGGGCUUUAAUUUUUUAACCAAAGGUGAAGGAAUAUAUGGCAGAGUUGUAAAUAUAUAAAUAUAUAUAUAUAUAAUAUAAAUAUAUAAACCUAAAAAGAUAUAUUGAAAAUAUAAAACUGUGUUAAAGGCUCGAUUUUGUAUCUGCAGGCAGACACGGAUCUGAGAAUCUUUAUUGAGAAAGAGCACUUAAGAGACUAUUUUAAGUAUUAUGUCUGUAUAAGUAAGAAAAUAUUUUGUCUAAAAUGCCUCCGUGUAUUUGUAUUUUUUUGCAAGUGAAGGUUUACAAUUUACAAAGUGUGUAUUAAAAACAAAAAAGAACAAAAAAAAGCUGCAGAAGGAGAAAUGUAUACUUUUGUUCUGGUUUUCACUUUGUACAUACCUGUAAACGUGUCCUCACGGUGCCUUUUUACACGGAAGUUUUCAAUGAUGGACGGGUGUGGGCCAUCCCUUUUUGAAGUGUAGGCAGACACAGGGACUUGAAGUUGUCACUAACUAAACUCUCUUUGGGAAUGUUUGACUCCUCCCACAUUCUGCGUCAUGCUUGUUAUAAUUACUCCGGAGACAGGGUUUGGCUGUGUCUAAACUGCAUUAGUGCGUUGUAAAAUAUAGCUGUAUCUGUAUAAAAUAUAAGAAUAAAACAUGGAAAAGUCGA